AUGGGUAUUCUGUUGGUCAUCAGUUACAAAGAGCUUGGCCGCGACUCGGACCCUAACGAGGAUGGCACGGAGGGUCCUGACAUGAUCCUCCGAAUGUUCAAGGCUAGUUGUGUGUACAUAGCGAGAGAAGUGGCAGCGGGGUUCACCGUGGUCUUGAAUCCAUCCCAUACGCUUAUCCUGGGAUCUGACUCGGCCUUCACUCGCCCAAAGCCGGUGCUGUGGAUCAGCAAGGAGGCUCAACGGACAUCAAAACUGAGUCCAGGCCGUGGUGUGCGGGUUGAUCCUCCUAGAGGGCCUCAUAAGGGUAUCAAUAAGCAUGCUGUUGAUAAGAUUGCUGGCCUUGGGGAUAUAGAACUGGUUGCAAAAUUCAUCACAACAUUUUUCGGCAAGGCCUCGGAAUAUAUAUGCUCAGCAGCUCUCAAGAAACAGUCAGUGGAUAUCGACUUUCAUCCAGUGGGCCGGCUGACCAUAGACUCCACUACGGCUUCCCUCGCUUUUGAGGCUAUUGAACACGACUAUGCCAACGUGGCCCUCCAAGAGACAUCUGAUCCCCUUGUGGAAAAGUAG